GUGUUUUUUGAUUCACCGUCCUUUGCUUCCCCCCCCCUCCCCGCCCCCCAGGAAAUCUUCUCUGGGAUUUUAUAUUGCAGAGGAUUUUUUUUAAAAUUGGCUCUGAACAGUUCGCGCCGGCCUCCCACCUUGGCUGUGUCAAAGGAGAUCUUGAGUGAACCUGAAGAAGUUCACAAUGCCUGAGAUGGAUUGUUAAUACUGCUUUGCGGGGGGGGGGGGGGGAAAUAGCCACCCCAGAGAAUUCAAAAUUGUUGGAACAGGAUUUGCUGGUGGGGAACGCUGUGGGAAUAAUCAUGCUUCACAGAAGAACAGCACCGAUCUCCAGUGGCUCUAAACACAACCUCAUCCUCUAGGGCUCCAGGAAAAACCAAUAAUUACAAGAAUCGUACUUGUGAAAAAGCAAAAAAGAAUGAUUGCUUUGGAUUUUGCGCUUUACCAUCUUCCCCGCACGCUCUGAAGUGAAUCUAGUCUCUUUGAAUUUGCACCGCUUCAGGACCCAAGAUCGACACACACGAUACUUUUAUAGCCAAAUCGGAUUUUUUUAAUCAUUUCCCCCAUUUGCUCCCCCGACCCCUAUUCUUCUUAUGUGGAUAUGCAAGCAAGAAGAGAAGUCUGGAUAGUCCCAACAUGCUCGCUCCUCUAAUCUGUCCGUCUAGAGGUUCUGCUUCUACAAACCAAGGGAGUGUAAGAGCUGAAGAUGAGGCCCAGGGCGGAGUGUUAUUCUCCAAAGUUUUGGCUGGUGCUGGCAGUCCUUGCAACGACGGGUGGUGGGGCCCGUGCCCAGAAGAGCCACCCCAGUAUCGGCGUUGCUGUCAUCCUGGUGGGGACCUCAGACGAAGUGGCCAUCAAGGACGCCCACGAGAAAGAUGACUUCCACCACCUCUCAGUGGUGCCCCGAGUGGAACUGGUGGCCAUGAAUGAGACAGAUCCCAAGAGCAUCAUCACCCGCAUCUGUGACCUCAUGUCAGACCGGAAGGUUCAAGGUGUGGUGUUUGCUGAUGACACAGACCAGGAAGCCAUUGCUCAGAUCCUAGACUUCAUUUCUGCCCAGACUCUCACGCCCAUCCUUGGCAUCCACGGAGGCUCCUCCAUGAUCAUGGCAGACAAGGAUGAGUCAUCCAUGUUCUUCCAGUUUGGCCCAUCAAUAGAACAGCAAGCCUCUGUCAUGCUCAACAUCAUGGAAGAAUAUGACUGGUACAUAUUCUCCAUUGUCACUACCUACUUCCCUGGCUACCAGGACUUUGUCAACAAGAUCCGCAGCACCAUUGAGAACAGCUUUGUGGGCUGGGAGCUGGAGGAGGUCCUCUUGCUGGACAUGUCCCUGGAUGAUGGAGAUUCAAAGAUCCAGAACCAGCUCAAGAAGCUCCAGAGCCCUGUCAUACUCCUCUACUGCACCAAGGAAGAGGCCACCUACAUCUUUGAGGUGGCCAACUCUGUGGGUCUGACAGGCUAUGCUUACACAUGGAUCGUGCCCAGCCUGGUGGCAGGGGAUACAGAUACAGUGCCAUCUGAGUUCCCCACUGGCCUCAUCUCUGUGUCCUAUGAUGAGUGGGACUAUGGCCUUCCUGCCAGGGUGAGGGACGGGAUAGCCAUAAUCACCACAGCUGCUUCUGACAUGUUGUCUGAGCACAGCUUCAUCCCUGAGCCCAAGAGCAGCUGUUACAACACCCAGGAGAAACGGAUCUACCAGUCCAACAUGCUGAACAGGUACCUGAUUAAUGUCACCUUUGAAGGGAGGAAUUUGUCCUUCAGUGAGGACGGCUACCAGAUGCAUCCGAAGCUGGUGAUCAUCCUUCUGACCAAGGAGAGAAAAUGGGAGAGGGUGGGGAAAUGGAAGGACAAGAGCCUCCAGAUGAAGUAUUAUGUGUGGCCCCGCUUUGAGCUGUACCCUGAUUCUGAGGAGCGUGAGGAUGACCAUCUGAGUAUUGUGACCCUAGAGGAGGCACCGUUCGUUAUUGUGGAGAGUGUGGAUCCACUAAGUGGCACCUGCAUGAGGAAUACGGUUCCCUGCCAAAAGCGCAUCGUGACCGAGAACAAGACGGACGAGGAGCCUGAUUACGUCAAGAAAUGCUGCAAGGGGUUCUGCAUUGACAUCCUCAAGAAAAUCUCCAAGUCUGUCAAGUUCACCUAUGACCUGUACCUGGUGACCAAUGGCAAGCAUGGGAAGAAGAUCAAUGGGACGUGGAAUGGAAUGAUUGGGGAGGUGGUCACCAAGCGGGCCUACAUGGCGGUGGGAUCCCUCACCAUAAAUGAGGAGCGUUCAGAGGUGGUGGACUUCUCUGUGCCCUUCAUCGAGACAGGAAUUAGUGUCAUGGUAUCACGUAGCAACGGGACUGUAUCACCUUCUGCCUUCCUAGAACCAUUCAGUGCUGACGUAUGGGUGAUGAUGUUUGUAAUGCUGCUCAUAAUCUCUGCAGUGGCUGUCUUUGUCUUUGAGUACUUCAGCCCUGUGGGUUACAAUCGGUGCCUUGCUGAUGGCAGAGAGCCAGGUGGACCCUCUUUCACCAUUGGCAAAGCUAUCUGGUUGCUGUGGGGUUUGGUGUUUAACAACUCGGUGCCAGUGCAGAAUCCCAAAGGUACCACUAGCAAGAUCAUGGUGUCUGUGUGGGCCUUCUUUGCUGUCAUCUUCCUGGCUAGUUAUACUGCCAACCUGGCUGCCUUCAUGAUCCAAGAAGAGUACGUGGACCAAGUGUCUGGACUGAGCGACAAAAAGUUCCAGAAACCUAACGACUUCUCACCCCCUUUCCGCUUUGGGACGGUUCCCAAUGGCAGCACAGAGAGGAACAUUCGCAACAACUACCCUGAAAUGCAUAGCUACAUGGUGAAGUUCAAUCAGAGGGGGGUGGACGAUGCCCUAUUCUCGCUGAAGACUGGGAAAUUGGAUGCAUUCAUUUAUGAUGCAGCAGUGCUAAACUACAUGGCUGGCAGAGACGAAGGGUGCAAGCUGGUAACAAUUGGUAGUGGGAAGGUUUUUGCCUCUACUGGCUAUGGCAUUGCCAUCCAAAAGGACUCGGGUUGGAAGCGUCAGGUAGAUCUUGCCAUUCUACAGCUUUUUGGUGAUGGGGAGAUGGAGGAGCUGGAAGCUCUGUGGCUUACUGGAAUUUGUCACAAUGAAAAGAAUGAGGUAAUGAGCAGCCAGCUGGACAUAGAUAACAUGGCAGGUGUCUUCUAUAUGCUGGGGGCAGCCAUGGCCCUCAGCCUUAUCACCUUCAUCUGUGAGCAUCUCUUCUACUGGCAAUUCCGCCACUGCUUCAUAGGUGUCUGCUCUGGCAAGCCCGGCAUGGUCUUCUCCAUCAGCAGGGGUAUCUACAGCUGCAUCCAUGGGGUAGCCAUUGAGGAGCACCAGUCAGCGAUGAACUCCCCCACAGCCACCAUGAACAACACCCAUUCCAACAUCUUGCGCCUGCUCCGCACAGCAAAGAACAUGGCCAACCUGUCAGGUGUCAAUGGCUCACCGCAGAGUGCCCUGGACUUCAUCCGCCGCGAAUCCUCAGUCUAUGAUAUCUCUGAGCACCGCCGCAGCUUCACCCACUCUGACUGCAAAUCUUAUAACAACCCGCCCUGCGAGGAGAACCUCUUCAGCGACUACAUUAGCGAAGUAGAACGGACCUUUGGCAACCUGCAACUGAAGGACAGCAAUGUGUAUCAGGACCACUACCACCAUCACCAUCGGCCCCACAGCAUUGGUAGUGCCAGCUCCAUCGAUGGACUGUAUGACUGUGACAACCCACCCUUCUCCGCUCAGCCCAGGUCCCUUGCUAAGAAGUCACUGGACAUUGGUUUGCCACCUUCCAAGCACAGUCAGUUAGGUGACCUCUAUGGCAAGUUCUCCUUCAAGAAUGAUCGCUACAGCGGCGGAGGAGGCCAUGACGACUUGAUCCGCUCAGAUGUCUCCGACAUUUCCACCCAUACGGUAACCUAUGGCAACAUCGAAGGCAAUGCCGCCAAGCGGCGGAAACAGCAGUAUAAGGACAGCCUGAAGAAACGUCCAGCUUCAGCCAAAUCGCGGCGGGAGUUUGAUGAGAUCGAGCUGGCCUACCGCAGGCGCCCACCCCGCUCCCCAGACCACAAGCGCUAUUUUAGGGACAAGGAAGGGCUACGGGACUUCUACCUGGACCAGUUCCGGACCAAGGAGAACUCACCGCAUUGGGAGCAUGUGGACCUGACGGAUAUCUACAAAGAGCGGGGAGAUGAGUUCAAGCGCGAUGCUGUAGGGGGAGGAGGGUCCUGCACCAACAGGGCCCACCACAAGCAUGGGUCAGCGGACUUUGGAGGAGCCAAUGACCACAAGCAUGGUGUUGUAAGUGGAGUGCCAGCACCAUGGGAGAAGAACCUGACCAACCUAGACUGGGAAGACCGGCCAGGGGCUAAUUUCUGCCGCAGUUGCCCCUCUAAAUUGCACAAUUAUACCCCAGCAGUGGUGGGGCAAAACUCCACCCGCCAGCCCUGCAUCCGGUGUGAGGCCUGCAAGAAGGCAGGCAACCUCUAUGACAUCAGCGAGGACAACUCCCUCCAAGAGCUGGACCAGCCAUCUGCCCCGGUGCCAGUGACGACCAGCGCCACCUCCUCCAAGUAUCCUCAGAGCCCAUCUAACUCUGCCUCCAAGGUGCAGAAGAAGAACCGCAACAAGCUCCGCCGGCAGCACUCCUAUGACACCUUCGUGGACCUGCAGAAGGAUGAGUCAGCCCUGGCUCCCCGCAGCGUGAGCCUGAAGGACAAGGGCCGCUUUUUGGAGGGGAGCCCCUACGCCCACAUGUUUGACGUGUCAUCCAGCGAGACCGCUUUUGCCAACAACAAGUCCUCAGUGCCCGCCACCAGCCACCACCACCACAACAACCCCGGCAGCAGCAGCUACAUGCUCAGCAAGUCACUCUACCCCGACCGGGUCACGCAAAACCCUUUCAUCCCCACUUUUGGGGAUGACCAAUGCUUGCUCCAUGGCAGCAAAUCCUAUUUCUUCAGGCAGCCUGUGGUGGCAGGUGGGCCCAAAGCCAGGCCAGACUUCCGAGCCAUUGUCACUACCAACAAGCCAGUGGUCUCAGCCCUUCACGGGGCUGUGCCAGCCCGUUUCCAGAAGGACAUCUGUAUAGGGAACCAGUCCAACCCCUGUGUGCCUAACAACAAAAACCCCAGGGCUUUCAACGGCUCCAGCAAUGGGCAUGUUUAUGAGAAACUCUCCAGUAUUGAGUCUGAUGUCUAAGUGAGGGGAAGCAUGUGGGGAGCAGCGGAGAAUGUGGAGUGUGGGAGGGCAGGAUGGGGUCAGACCUGGUGCCCAUUUGCUACUCUCUUGGUUCAUUGUGGAACACUGGAGUUCUGAGUUCUCUCUAGGGAAGCACUGGUGACAAGUGCCACCUCUUUCUUUCCCCACCCCCUUUAUCUCUUUCCAUUUUCCUACUCUCUCCUUCCUCCUCCAUUCCUGGUCAUCACACUUCCGUUGACAUAGGAAUUGGGUGUCCUCGCUUAGGGUGUCCCAGGUGGAGAAGAAGAUGUGUGUUUGGGCUGAGGCAGGGGAAGGUGUGUGGGCAGGAACUGUGACCGUAUUGUUUCGGGUUUUUUUUAACUCCAAACAGUGAAGGGAUACGCAAGCGCAUGCAUGACGGGAGGAGAGAGCAGAAGAGGUGGAAUGGACACAAAGGAAAAUGCUCUAUCUGGCAAUUCUUCCUAAAACUGUUUAGAAAAAAAAAUAUUGAAUACAUGGAUAAAAUGAAGGAAACAUAACAUGGGAUUGACUUGAUGCACUUACAUACUGGUUAUAUUGAGGUUCUCUUUAAUUUUUUUUCAUGAAGACUAUGGGGGUUUAGGGCUGAAAUAUGUAUUUGCAUAUACACUGAGAGAUUUACACUGAAAUUUGGAAUCAUUUUCUGGAGACGGGAAGGGUGAUUUGUACGCAGGACUGGCUGGUGGUUUCGUUAUGGUAACACAGCCAGCACAUCUGUGCCAGACUAGCAGGAGAGGUAGGGGAGGCUAUUGGGUCUGGGGUGAGGAAGCAACACAGAGGUCAGGAAGCCUGGGAGAUGACUUUGCGUUCACUAAAAUGAGAGAAGCUUGGGGGUGGGAGGUGAGGCUUGGCUUGUUCAUUAGCAAUUAACUCGUUAAUUUUGGGCAUAAUUAAAUCAUUGGAGCAGUUUUUAAGGUGAGUUGGCUUGUAGGUGGGUAUACACAAUCAUUCUACACUUGAAAUGUCUGUUGGAAAAUGAAACAAUACCACAAAUGGAGUGGGUGUUCAGCUAACAAACCCAGCAGGACAAAGGUUGAGAAGCUGGGGAAAAGGCAAAGAUUGUGAGCGUAUGGGAGAGACAGAAGUGGAGAUCUGUCAUCCUGCCACUUCAGGAGAUGUCAGCCUUGUUUUGGCCAAUGUAAAAGUAAAGGGGCAGGUCAGGAAGGGACCUGAUCCCUCCUCCUUCCCCUCCCCCUGCCGGGCAGAGAGAAAUAUGUCACAAAAUGGCACAGGGCUCUCCCUCCUGAUGGUGGUACAGUGUUCUGAGUCUGGCUGUGAGGGAAAAGGAGGUGUGAGGAAAACGUGUGAGCGUGGCAGCAGCAGGGACUGCUUAAAUGCCUACGUGCAGCGCGUAUGUACGCACUUGCUGAAUAUGGGCUUACAUUUGCUAUUGAAUGUGCUGUGGAAACACAUGGCUUGUCUUCCAGAGGGCAGGAGGGAAUGACAUAAAUAAAUGACAACACUCACGGCAGCUAUGAGGAGGUCUGAAGACUAUAGGUGGAAGGUUGGGGAGGGAGAGAGAGAGAGAGAGAGAGUGUGUGUGUGUGUGAGAGAGAGAGAAAUACUAGCACAGGUGCUAAGCUGGAAUAGCCUAACGCUGUACUCAGCUUUCCCAGCACGCGUGGUAUCGGUAAAAGUGGUUUUCUUUCCAUUGUAUCAUUUUAGAUGCAAAUUAAACUAAACUAAAGGGAGUGAUGAUGGGCGUGAGAUGUCCACCUCCCCUUUCAUUUGUCUUCUUUAACAGGAGGAACUGAGGUGGAACCCCUGGUCAGCACCUCUCAUCCUGAAAUUUGUGGUACAGACCCUGACUUUUUAAAUGGAUCUGUCCCAUUGUCCUGCCAACCUUCAUUCGCAUAAGGGAUGGUUAAAAAAAAUCCCACAUUUGACUGGGGUGGCACAUAGAAUUGACGCUAAACAGAGGAAGGCUGCCAUUUUUUUCAAGCAACAUUUCCUGGAGCUGAGACCCCUCCCUCCCUCACACUCCUCAAUGCACCCCAGGUGAUUUUAUCUUACUAUCUUUCCUUUUUUAAGCCAACAGAAGACCUCAGUUUUUUUAAAGCUGGGGCUGGGGAGCUGAAAAGUCUCAUGGUGUGAGGAGAGGUUGGGCAGGGUGGGAGGUUUGUUUAGAUUUCACUGAGGAAAUUAUAGGGGAAGGAGUUGAAGGGUCUAUGAAUUUUCACCCAUGGUAUCAGGGGAAGGGACCUGCUUAUUCUUUCCCUCUCUUCCCUUUAAAAGAAAAGCCAAAUGAACUAACCUAGCAAUCUGCAAUCCAGAACACGAGGCGACUGGUCAGAACCCUCUGACAGUGGCCACCAAGAAGGCAUUCAUUUCAUUUGUAAAUAUUUUUUUUCUAUUGCAUUUUGUAUAAAUUGAUGUUUCUCUUCUCGUGAAAAUUCAGGUCGUGGGGCAACCAGGGUGGGAGGGAGGGUGGGGUGAGGUGGUUUUGUUUUGUUUGUUUUCUAUGACUUUCAGGCUGUGUAUUUGGAAGCGGUUUACGCAGGUCGAGGCCGUGCAAAUGGGAGAGCAAGAGAAAAUCAUGUGCACUGUGUUCCCUCCCCCACCCCAGUACCAUUUAGUUGGGAUUGGUCCUGCUUUGAACAGGGGGUCGGACUAGAUGACCUCCUGAGAUCCCUUCCAACCCUGAGAUUCUAUGAUUCAGUCCUGUUACUUUUAUCUUCAUGAAUUGAAGAUGCUGGCAUGGUCACCUCCAUCCUUGCCAGCAGGGUUUUCAUGCCAUGGUGGAAGUACCCCAUCUUCCCCAUUUGAUUAUAAACUCUGUUCCGCAUCUGUCAGUGGAAUUUGGGCCUCAAGACAUUGCGCUGUUUUGCCAGCGAUGGGGUGAGCCAUCAAUUUGGGUGUUCAGUUUGGGUCAUCACCCGAUGCUAUAGAGACUUCUCCAAUACUGCUUUGGCUUAAAAAUCUUGGCGCUGGGAAAGCUUGCAAGAUUUCUGGCACUUCCCAAGGGUUUUUUGGCAGCUGGCAAGAACGGCAUGCCUCUGAUUGUUAUUUCAGUACUUUCCCCUCACCUUGUUUGCAGCUGGAACCAGGAAGCUCAAAGGUGGUGCUGGGAGGGAAUUAAACUGAAAACAAACCAACAAGAAGUCAACAGGACUAUUUCAAACCUCUCUAAAGGGUUCAGAUUUUGUGUUUUGGGCAACGUUUUGGUAUGGUUCUCAAUUUCUCAGAACUAGUUUGUUCCAUCCCUAGUUCAAGUGAUUGCCAGAUAAUGGUUUGCCAUGAUCAUUAGAUUUAGCAUUUACACUGUAUAGCGCUGCUCAUGUUCAAAGCACUUUGCAAACAUUAAUCGUGCCAUGAGCCACAUGAAUACCUCCUCUGAGGACAACUGGAAAUGUAGGACUGGCAGCACCAGGUUGGACUAUUGGUCAACCUACAGAAGUCUGGUAUCUUGCCUUCUGCCAUAUCGGGUCAGACCAUUAGUCCAUCUAAUUAACCCUUUCUCCUGCAAAUGGCCUUUUCUGGUUGCUUAUUUUUACUUGAAUUCCAUGGGUGAGAGUGUUUGGGGCAGGAGGUGGGGUGAGGGUUGUUUGGGGGAGAUCAUUAUCCAGCAAAGAAAGUGAUGUGAUUAACACUGUUGUGAGUUUAGGAUUUUAGAUUCAGUGUUAUUCCAUUGUAAUUAAUCAAGUGACGCACACAGGUAAUGUUAGCAUCAGGUGCUCUUUCGGCUAGAACAGAGCCCAUGUGAUGCUUAUUACCUUCCAAAAAAGCGGGGGUUUUCAUACCAAAGCCCAACAAAUGUUUUCCAUUCCCCUUUCCUCCAUCCCCCUCUCUCUUUUUCUUCCUCUUAGUAAAAGAUAAAAUUUUCUGGGAUGUUUUAUGGGAUCAUUUCACACCUCAAAGGCUCUGGCUACUAAAAUAGUGAGGUUCGGGUUGAAGGGCAGAAGUCAUUGUAUCAUGGAUGUUACAAUGAGCUGUACUGUAUGUUUUCAGUCUACCUGAAAGAAUCUGGCAACUCCGACCAUGUAUUUGCCACAUUCUUCUUCAUUUGAACCCCAGGCAUGGUUCCCUUUGAGAUGUUCUAAUGUUCUCAUCAUCCCUCUUCUUCUGGAGCAGUGCCAGCAUGUAUGUAUGGCGCUGAAGGAGAAUGGGAGGGGAGCAAAUGUCCCUAAAAUAUCAGGACUAUCCCAUACAAAUUUCAGGGUAUCUGGCAGUCAGACUUUCCAAGCUGUGGAGCUUUGCAUGAUGCCCUGUUGGAGUAUUCAUACUGGUUUUCUAAAACAAUAUAAUAUAUGCUGAUAUAACAAUAGUCCAUCACAUUCUAUAUCCUGGCAUAACACAACACGCCAUGAUCCUGAUAUCAGAACAUAACACAUCAAUUCCAAAAAUAUAAAGACAAGCUUCAGUCAGCCCUCACUGUCAGUCAAGACAGUGUGGUACACCCUACCCACCUCAAACAAAUGUAUCACCAUCUCUGACGCAAACAUAUCCCCCAUAUUUUUCGCACUGGACUCCCCAAGUGGCUUCCAAUUGCUCAGCAAUUCUCUAGUAUAAACUCCUUUAGGGAGUUAUUUUAAUUCUCCAUAUAUGUAGUGAGGAAGAUUCUUCCAUGAUGUCCUAAAAGAUUAUAGGGUUUGAUGGUGAAGUUGUAGUUGCCAGGAUGGGUCAUUUUGCUUCAGAGCUCUCCAGCAUGCACACAAAAGUUGACCUCCUAAUAGCAAGGAGAUGCCCACACCCAUCCUGAAUAGAGUCCCUGUUACCCUAGGGUUGUUCCUCGUAGUGAUGGUACUAGCAAGAGAGAGUAAGGAUGUGAUACUGGUGACAGGUUGACAUGGUACCUCAGGGAUCUUGCAGGCAAGUCUUUGCUUUAGAGCUUUCUAUAAAAUGUGACAUACCUUCCAACCUCCAUUAUUUAUUAAUAGAUGUAAGCAAGCCUGAGAACAUGGCCAGUGAUCAGACUGAGGCCUGUCACACACCCUUCACUCCAGUCAAGCAAUCAUGGGGGCGGGAUUUACAUUUCCCCAUAUAUAUUUGGUUGCCAGAAGAGGGGAAAGCGUGGGGACAGUGUUGAUGAGGGAACUUUGUGCUGACCAUCCACACUGUUGGUCUAAGGAUGUACACAUGAACUUUCCUGCUCUACCCAAGCUAGAGGCAUGGAAAAGCCUAGGACCUGAUUAGAUGAUUUUUGGCACAUGCAUGACUCAUAUUGAAGUCCCUGGGAGUUUUGUGCAUCAAAUUUAUGGCAUGGUCAGGCUCCUGGCUUGCUAACAGCAAAUGGGGAAGGACUCAAAGCCAUGCCUUCCCCCCCGCCAUCUGUCAUAAAUGCUUCCCUGCUGCUGAUCAAACCUGGUAUGUCCAAGUGGACCACACCUACCAUGCUGCUGGAUGCUGCAGGGCACAUCAAGAAAGUAACUAGAGGGACCCAAGCUAUGUCCCCACAAGGGCUUAUUUCCACUUUGCAACCAAAUAGACUUCCAAGCCAUAUAGCCCCACCUCACCCAUUCACUCACACAGAAGAAACCCUCCCCCAAGGAAAGGUUGAGAUUAUGACUGGCUCAGCAGCAAUCCCAAAAUUACUGUGUCAUCUUCAUCACAGACUGUCUGGAACUCAUCAGGGCUAGUCACAGACGAACAGGGGCAUCUCUCAGAAAAACAAGAUCACUUUUUAAUGGGCUUUGAGUCCCCUCUCCAUCUCUCCAGCAUCCCCAACUUCCUCUCUUAACCACAACGUUUGGGUGAAUUCUCACACUUUUUGGUGGUUACAGACAGGAAUGCAGACACAGAAAAAAAUUGGGUUUAUUAGUAAUGCCCAAUAAAUAGAAAAGUGAAACCAUCACUGUGUAUCAUGGGAAACAGACCUCAUGACCUUAAACUCCAAGAGCACAGUUCUCUACCCACUGAGGUAAAGAAGAAUCUGCGUUAGCCAUUAGUAGUUAUGGGGCUUUUAAUCUGUAUUUCCAGGUUUUCCACCAUUCAAAGUUGAAACAGCUAAUGCUGAUUAACACCUGAGCCAGUCUGACAUUCCAUCCCAUAGGGACAGGGACACACACACACACACA